GGAAGUGACAGGACGAGGUAAGAAAUGGCUAUGGCGAGGACUUUAAUCGCGGCUGAUAACUACUGAAAUAACUUUUAAGACCAUACAAAUAAUUUCAAGUCAAUGUUUGCUUAAUGUUAACGUAGUUGCUUCUUUCUUUAUGUAGCGGUGGUGGCACUUGCUGUUUAGGCUACAGCUAGAAAACAACAAUAACAAGAACUGUAACGAGACUUUCGCUAACGCAGGUGUCAAGGAAGAACGUCUUACAGCAAUGGUGUCGCUUAUAUGCACUUUACAAGACCAUCGAGAUGAUGUGAACUGGUGCGCAUUUUCCGCCAACUUGCUGGCUACUUGUUCAGCAGACAAGACCGUCCGUGUUUAUUCCACCAGAGACUUCAGCGAGCUCCCCUUCUCUCCUUUGUCGGGCCAUGGCUACGUGGUGCAUUGCUGUUGCUUCAGUCCCUGCGGACAGUACCUGGCUUCCUGCUCCACGGACGCUACCACGGUGAUUUGGGUGAUGGACAGCGGCGAAAUAGAGGCCGUUUUGGAACAUCCCGGUAGAAGCCCUGUCAGGGUGUGCGCCUUCGCACCCGACUCUGUUCACCUGGUGUCCGGAGCGUCCGAUGGCACGCUGGCGCUGUGGGAUUUCACAUCCAGAUCAUUGCUGAGGACAGGUGGAGUGCCUGACACCACUAUGGUGGCCUGCUCCUUCAGCCCAUGUGGUCAGCUGUUUGUCAGCGGCUCCACGUAUGGAGACCUGAGGGUGUGGAACCUGGAGCUGAAGCCGCUCCACGCCGAGAAGGACGCCCACGACCUUGGGGUCACCUGCUGCCAGUUCGCCCCGCAGAUGCACAAAGUGACUGAUGCUGAUGUGAUCCAGUUCCGCCUGGCCUCCUGUGGUCAGGACAGCCUCCUGAAAGUCUGGACCAUCUCUUACAUUCCAUCCACAGGCUGUAAGAUGCAGCUGCUGCACACUCUCACUGGUCACACUGCUCCCGUGCUCUCCUGCAGUUUCUCAGCAGACGGACAGAUGCUGGUGUCUGGGUCUGUUGAUAAGACUGUCAUUGUGUAUGAGGCUAGCCAGGGCACCCUGUUGUACACGCUGAGCCAGCACGAGAGGUACGUGACGGCAUGUGUGUUCUCCCCCACGGCGCCGCUCAUGGCCACCGGCUCCAUGGACAAGAGUGUCAACGUGUGGAGAGUGGAGGAUGGCUGCAGCACGCAGGGUGAAGAGGCAGCCUCCUCCUGUGAAGGUGUUCCAGGUGCAAAGAUGGCAGGCCACUCCAGGCUUAUGGCCAGUGAUUGGUCGGAGGAUGAUGUGUCGUCAUGGUUACGGGAGGAGGGGCUUGAAGUACUGGUGGAUGUAUUUAAGGCCAAUAACAUUGAUGGGCCUGAACUUCUAGCCCUGAACAAAGAAACGCUUGCCACUGACCUGAAAAUAGAGUCGGUGGGUCUUCGAGGCAAAAUCAUUCGAAAAAUCGAGGAGCUGAAGAUGGAGUCCAUGUGCACGGGCGUCCCCGAGGAGUACCUGUGUCCGAUCACACAGGAGCUCAUGAAAGACCCUGUCAUUGCCGCAGACGGCUACUCGUAUGAACGCGAGGCCAUCCAGAGCUGGAUCCGCACCAAGAACCGCAGCAGCCCCAUGACCAACCUGCCUCUGCAGACCACACUGCUCACGCCCAAUUACACCCUGAAGAUGGCCAUCUCCCGCUGGAGGACCAGCCACUGAGGCAUGCUGGGAUACCGCUGCCAUUAACCCCGCGAUGACCAGUCUUACAGUCUAGCGGGGGAGCUGCAUGGCUCCAGGCUUUUGGUCUGCACACAGAACUCUGCUUAUUUCAAUGCUGUGGAUCUCAUAGGGAACAGGGUCGAGACUUAUUGAACACUUCCAGUAGAUCAUUUGUAGGGUCGUAUUCUUACUUCAACCUUGAGUGCAUGUAAGAGGUUCGAACAUGCCGUAUACUGAGCCAGUAGCGUGCUGUGUUUGGUUAGGAUGCUGUAGAACUGUUAUUGUUCUAUGUCUUAUAGUAAAGAACCCCCAAAGAGCCUUUAUAGAUGAAGCCUUCAAGGAUUCCUCUUUUGAGAGGGUAAUAUGUGUACAUGCAACCUUCUAACUAUGUCUCUCAUUGAGAACUCAUUUGAAAUAAGUUCUUAUUUCUCAGUUAAAACUGCACUUAACCUAUUUUUAACCAUUAUCACCUCAUGGGCCUAUAUGGGCCAUAUAUGUGUAGUGACAGAUUGUACAUGGCCAGCAGGCAUAAGUAAACCCAUCUUAGGGUUAUUUGCUAAGGCUGUGUGUUGCCAGGACUCAUGGGUUAUGAUUCAAUAUAUUUUGAUAUAUUGGGAUACUGAAAAUGUUUGUGUCUUUGUGAAUCAAUACAGUAACACAAAACGCACUCCUCCUCCUAGCAGCUGAAAUUAUCCAUGUUUUGUCAGAACUCAGAGAAAGCUUCUUCAUUUACUUUGCGUCUUGCAUUUUAUAUAUGCAUUAUAAUAAUAAUAAUUGUAUCAUUAUCAACUGGGUCCAUUUUCUCUGCCUUCUGAUAUGUAAAUCAUCUGCUGAUUACUGUUGCUCUAGAGGCACUCCUGCAUAUCGUUUGAGUGCAUUACCAUAUCAAAUGUUAGGAAACAGUGGGUUCUAACUAUUAAAUCUGCUUUCGCAUGUAAAAAUAUAGUUUCUUGUAACUAUACUGUUGACAGCCCGGGAGCCUUUCUAUAGCUAUGUGACAUUCAAAAAUAAUAUACAAGGAAAAUGUUCACGUCAGCCAGAUGUUAUCCAGUAAUAUAAACCUAUGUAAAAUAAUAAUAUGGACUUACCUUACUUUUCAAACAAUCCUGGAUGUAAGACCUUCCUGGCUGCAAAUCUGUGGGCUUUGGUUUGUUAAGAAUGUGAACACUUUCAGACAUUCUCCCUUUAGUGCUGUGGCUGAACUCAGCUGAAAUGCUUGAACUAUAAACAAAUAAUGCCAAAAAAAAAUGAAGUAAAUAACAGCCAAUAAAACAAUGAAUAAAAAUGA